AUGGCAGAACUUAGUGGAGCUGUAAGUGAAAUCAUUAAAGUAGCAUCUAAUGCUCGCAGGUAUUCUUGUUUUUAUCAUUCGCUUAAUAAUUUUAUAUCACAAUCCUUACACAUCAAACGUAUCUGAAUUCUUAUUGGAGUAAUUAAGGAAACUGAAUCAUUUUUUUCUGCAUCAGCUAAAAAAACAGCUGUUUUAAGAAAAUAUGUUGGAAAUCAGUUGAUUAGCUUAUGUGAAAUGAGAUGGGCCGAGAGACAUGAAGGAGUAAAGAGUUUAAUGCAAGAUAUGCAUACAAUUAUUGAUGCAAUAUUAGAACCAUGGAAAGACUUGAAUACUUUUGGAAAAGCUAAACCACUGUGA